GAUUCAUAACCCGCAAAAAAUGGCUGCUUUCAAUUUGACCAGUCUAUUGGAGAGCUUGCCGAAUUCAACUGAUUGGGAGCAAUCUCUGCUAGAUUUGAAGACGCUGUUGACAUCUCUAUCACCAAGUGUUUUAAGGAACGUGACACAGAAUCUGUCUUACCAUGUCAUAUUUGAUUUAUUAAACACAGACAAUAAAGAAGUACUGGAACUUUGUUGCCAAGUGCUUGAAAAGUUGCUUGAUGCAUCAGGACCAUCUGUUGUAUUUCAAAGUUAUAGAGAAGAUAUACUGAAAGGUCUCAAUCAUCCACAGACAAUGGUCAGAUGUCUGUGUUUGAGACAGAUGAUUAGUGCAUCUGAGGAGGUGGUGGACGAAUUAUUGCCUCACAAAGAAGUUCUCCAGAAAACUGUUGGUUUGCUCUCGGAUGACAUCCAGGUGGCUAACCUGGCUACCAAAAUUCUGGUCAAUCUAGGUAUGACUUCACAGGGAUUGGCAGCUUUGUUCAGCAACCAGAUGAUCCAUUGUAUAGAACAAGUGCUCAACAUCAGUGACAUCAUCAGAUUCAGAGUAUAUGAGAUGUUGAUCCAAAUUUGCAAACUGUCAUUGGCAGCACUAGAGAACACACAUAACAGUGGUCUUCUCCAACAGGUAUUAAAUGAGGUCUAUAGGGAGGAUAUCUUGAUUCAACUGAAUGCCAUAGAGAUGUUGUCUGACCUAACAAUGGUGGACCAUGGUCUGAUUUAUCUAGACCAGCAAGGCAUUGUGGGAAAAUUAGAGAGCAUGAUGGAAGAUCUGGAGUCCAAUCCAUAUGGCAAUUUGCUAUUACCAGGUUUAACAAAGUUCUUUGGUGGAGUUGCCAGGUUUCAUCCAAAGGAAGUUUGCAGCAGUAACAAGACCUUUGUAAACUCUGUGUUUGAGGGUUUAACUUCAGGGGAUCAAACACAACGAAGCCUCUCUGUCCAGACUGUCGGUUUCAUCGGUGAAUCAGUGGAAGGAAAGAUGGCUCUGGAUAAACUAGGAAAUGUGAUGAUACAUGGUGUAAAAUCCAUUGGAUCCAUGGUCAGAGAUGCUCCCUCAGAACUACGCAUUAUGGCACUGGAAACAACUUCCAGAAUCACCAGACUUCAGAUUGCAGAACAAACAGAUGAAUUACUAAAGCUUACAGAGAAGUGGUUUAGUUUACUGACCAACAAUCCAUUUGAGACCUUGAUGUCAGUUGUGAGACUACCUUUUCCAGACCUCCGUUGUGCUGGUCACCGUAUUUUAGAAUCUCUUGCACUGCAGCCUUGGGGACAGACUCUCAUGAACAAGUACCCAGGGUUCACCGAGUUCUUGUUAGAUAGAAGUACAGAAAAAACUAAAGAGACAAAAGAAUCCAAGUUUUCCAUAAUAAAAACCAUAGCGGAGGCACCGACUGCAGUUGGUGUGUUUGGACAGCCGUAUAUUGUUCAGGUCAAAGCAAUGGCCCUUCAAGGACCUUUCUUUGUGCAGACACAAUCAGAAGUGGCCUUUGAGGGGGAGUAAUUGGUUUUUUUCUUUCUUGUAGUAAUCAAUGCAUAUUUAAACCUUGAAUUAAAUUUACACAAACUUUGAUUUUUCGCCAGUAAUUUUUAUGAAAAAUCUACAUGCAUCAACUCAUUAACAAUAAAAAAAUUGCAAGGCUAAUGAAAA